GAAAAUAUCAUCAAGUUGAAUUUGAGAGGUAAAAUAUUCAUCACUACGCUUCAAACACUCACAAAGAGAGAGAACAUGUUCAAAAUUAUGCUAGGAUCACAAUUUGGUAUUGAUAAGGAUGAGAAUGGUUACAUUUUGAUUGAUAGAGAUCCAGACUACUUUCCAAUAAUUUUGGAACACUUGAGAACUGGUUCAACUACUCAUAUUGGUAUUUGGGAGGAUGUUAAUGAAUCUUCACUUGAACAAUUGACAAAUUUAUUGGAAGAAUCAGAUUUCUUUGGUACAGACAAACUAACAUCAAAAGUUAAAGAUCUUAUUACC